AUGGGGCGGCCGCCGGCGGUGGCGAGGUCGCCGGAGGCAACGGGCGGCGGGGCUGGAGGAGCUAGGCGGCGUGGGGACGACGGCGUCGGGCGGCGGAGGAGGGCGGCACCGGCGGGCGUCUCCGGCAUGGAGCGCGGUGGCGGAGGGGACCGUGUCGUCGGCGGUGGGCAGGCAGAGGAGCGGGCUGGCGGCGGCGCUCGGGUCUGGCCGGGCGGCGCGGAGGAGCCGGGGGAGCGGGCUGGCGACGGCGGCCGACCGGGCCGGGUGGGCCGCGGCUGGGCCCGACGGGCCCGUGCGGUGGACGGCGGCGGGAGGACGCGUGGCGCGCCCCGAUUGGGCGCGGGCGGCGGCGGAUCCCCGUCCGAUGAGGCCGGACGUGUCCCGUGGCGGCGGGGGAUGUUUGAACUACGGUUAAUGUAG